AUGGUCAAGGAAACAAAGACUCGCAACACUAAGCGCUCUCCGGAUGUGGUCGCUCGUGACUACACUAUUAAUCUCCACAAGCGUCUUCACGGAUGUGUGUUUAAGAAGAAAGCAGCUCGUGCUGUACGCGCAAUCAAGAAGUUUGCUCAGGUGAACAUGAAGACUCAGGACGUGCGCAUUGACUCGAAGCUCAACAAGUUCAUCUGGUCCAAGGGUGUACGCAAUGUGCCUUACCGCGUACGUGUGCGUCUGUCGCGUAAGCGCAAUGACGACGAGGAUGCCAAGGAGAAGCUUUACACGCUCGUACAGCACGUACAGGUGGCUAGUUUCAAGGGCCUCCAGAACGACAAUGUUGAUGAGUAA